GCAAGGGGUUUUCAGCGAUGGGAAGAUAAACCUGCAGGACUCGAACCCGGACAGAGCUCUGGAUACCACACACACGAAGUUUGCUAGGCUCCCUGGAACUUGCGCGCAGGGAAGGAACAGUGCCAAAGAAAAAUGAAGCCCACCAUCUGUCUGUGUUUGGUAAUUAUUUCACUUCAUGCCGUUGUCCACUGUAAUCACCAACCUGACCACCACGAUGAUGAUCAGAAAGAUACUGAGACCCAAGACCCUUCUCCCCCAGUUGAAGACCAUGAAAGUAAGGCCAUGCCCUGUCACAAGAUAGCCCCUAGCAAUGCUGACUUUGCAUUCAGAUUCUAUAGGCAAGCUGCAUCAGAGGCAGCUGACCAGAACGUUUUCUUCUCACCUGUUGGCAUCUCCACUGCCUUUGCGAUGCUGGCCCUUGGGGCUAGAUCAACCACGCUGGCUCAGAUUCUGGAAGGUCUCGCCUUUAACCUGACAGAGCUUGAGGAGAAGGAGAUCCAUGAUGGUUUUCAUCAUCUCAUCCACAUGCUGAACCGUCCAGACAGCAAUAUUCAGCUGAGUAUGGGAAAUGCAGUCUUUGUUGAUGAGAAAGUGAAACUAAUCCAGAAGUUUUUGGAUGACAUCAAAAGCUUGUAUGAAGCAGAAAGCUCUUCUAGUAACUUCCAGAAUUCCUCAGAAGCUGUGAAAGAGAUCAAUGAUUACAUCGAGAGGAAAACCCAUGGGAAAAUUGUUCAGUUAAUCAAAAGUCUUGAUCCAAAUACUGUAAUGGUUCUUGUCAACUACAUUUACUUUAAAGCGUACUGGGAGAAACCUUUCAAUUCUGAUGCCACUUAUGAAAGAGACUUUUUUGUGCAUGAGAACACAGCAGUUAAAGUCCGUAUGAUGAACCGAGAUGGUUGGUAUAAAACUCACUAUGACAAGCAGCUAUCUUGUGAAAUGGUGGAAAUUCCUUACCUUGGAGAUGCUGCAGCCUUAUUUAUCCUGCCUGAUCCAGGAAAAAUGAAGCAGGUGGAAGAUGCUCUGGUCAAAGAAACAGUUGCUACAUGGGCAAACACACUUAAAGCAGGAAGAGUUGAUCUGCACAUUCCAAGAAUUUCUAUCUCAGGCACCUAUGACCUGAAAGAUAUCUUUGAAAGCCUUGGUGUGAUUGAUGUAUUCACUGGUGAUGGAGAUCUCUCUGGAAUCACUGGAAAGCCUGAGCUGAAGGUUUCCAAAGCUGUUCACAAGGCUCUGCUGAAUGUUCAUGAGAAUGGCACUGAGGCUGCGGCAGCCAGUGUGGUGGAAUUUGUUUUUACUUCUCUUCCUCCUACCAUGGUAUUCAACAGGCCUUUCCUGAUACUGAUUUUUGAUAAACACACCCACAGCAUCCUUUUCAUGGGGAAAAUUGUAAACCCCACUGAAAAAUAACUUUUCAGAGCCUGUAAAAUUACAGACCUUACAUCUAGUGCUGGUCAAAUUGCAGAUGUCCAUAACUAUAUCAAAACUUUAAUUAGCAUACAUUCCUAAAUCAAUAAAUCUUGAAUAUGAUA